CUCCGUCCCUCCGUGUCGCGGUUUCAUCCUAAAGGUCGGAGCUUUUUCUUGGCGCAGAGAGAUGGCGGACUCCCUCGCCCGCUCAGCGUCGCUGCGGCUCUCGCCGUCGUCGUCAUCGCCGUCGUCGAAGUCUUCCCUCUUCGCCGGGGCGCCACUCGUUUUCUCGCCCGCUCCCGUUUCCGUGAAGCCGACAUGUCCGAAGGGGCGACUGGUCAUUGUUUGCAAGAAGGUGUCCGGCUUGGAGGAGGCCAUGAGAAUCAGGAGAGAACGUGAACUUCAAAGCACAAAAAGGUUCAAAAGAAGGCCACCUUUAAGGCGUGGAAGGGUAUCUCCACAGCUUCCUGUGCCUGACCACAUACCAAAGCCUCCUUAUUUUGGUUCAACGUUGCUUCCAGAGCUUGCUAGUGAAUAUCAAAUUCAUGAUUCUGACGGCAUUGCUCACAUGAGAGCUGCAUGUGAGCUUGCUGCUCGUGUUCUUGAUUAUGCAGGGAAAAUGGUCAAGCCAUCAGUGACAACAGAUGAAAUAGAUAAAGCAGUGCACCAGAUGAUUAUUGAAGCUGGUGCUUAUCCUUCACCUCUUGGCUAUGGAGCAUUUCCCAAGAGUGUAUGCACAUCAGUUAACGAAUGCAUGUGCCAUGGAAUACCGGAUUCUCGUCAACUACAGGAUGGAGACAUUAUAAACAUCGACGUGACUGUCUACUUAAAUGGUUAUCAUGGAGACACGUCAAAGACUUUUCUCUGUGGGAAUGUCAGUGAUGCACUCAAGAAACUUGUGCAGGUUACUGAAGAGUGCAUGGAAAGAGGCAUAGCAGUUUGCAAAGAUGGUGCAAGUUUUAAGAAAAUUGGAAAGAGAAUAAGUGAGCAUGCCGAGAAAUAUGGCUUUGGAGUGGUUGAGCGGUUCGUUGGGCAUGGAGUCGGAACUGUAUUUCAUUCUCAGCCAGUCAUUUAUCAUCAUCGAAACGAAGAGCCUGGGACGAUGGUCGAGGGACAGACGUUCACAAUCGAACCGAUCCUUACAUUGGGAAGUAUAGAGUGCAGAACGUGGCCGGACAACUGGACAACUCUCACGGCCGACGGCAGCCCGGCCGCCCAGUUCGAGCACACCAUUUUGAUCACUAGAACAGGAGCUGAAAUUCUGACCCAGAGUUGAGAAACAUCAUUUCCCUUUGUCCCUCAUUUUUUUUUUUGGGCGGGGUAUUAGCAGAAGUUCAUUUUUGCUCUCUUAUGUAUUUGGAGCAAAGUGUACAGAAAGUUCCUCAAAGGUUGCAAAUGCUCAUGUCUAAUUCUAUGUAAUUUAGUUUUUAUAUUAUUUUACAUUA